AUGAAACGCCAUACACAAGCGAUUAUAGUGUGGGAAAAUCAACCAUCAACAACAGUGGAUUGUGCUAUCAGUGUUCUGAAUGACAGUGAGCUCAUCAUGAUUAUUAUGUGCGACUGGUUUGAUCCAUCUCCAAAUGUUGGGAAGAAAAAGUUCAUAAGGGACCACAAUCUUGUUGAUGUCAACUAUAAGAAGGCUUUAACAAAUAUGAACCUUUUCAUUUUGGCGGAACAAAGCACUUCAAGUAUAUUAUGCACCUUAUCCAAGUAUGAAGGUGACAAGGUUGACUGGUGGCUGUUGAUGGACACGAGUGAUGUUGAUCUCGAAGAUGUCAAGGCCGAACUCACUUGCAUGAAACAGAAAUGGAAGAUGAUGAAGAUGAUGAAGCUCAUAACAUGCAUCUUCAUUAUGGGCACGUAUGCCUACUACAUGAGUUGCAUGGUACCCAUACUAAGAAGCAUGAUGGACAAACUUUUUAUUGAUGAAAAGUCUAAAUCACUCAAUGAUAAAGUAUUGAACUUGAGAGAGGCACCUCAAACAAUUUCUGGAUCUAGAAAUGACAAUUCUCAACCAAUAGAUGAGGUCGCACUUUAUUAUGAGGCAGUUGGUGGUGAAACAAAGAGAAGGGUGUAUGGGCUUGGAUCUCAAGCAUCUUAUUAUUGUGGUGGUAAUACAAAUGCAAGCAAAUCAAGUACUAGCUCUUUUGAAUCACAAAAUCAAGAUGAGCUUCAAAAUGAGUUGGCAACUAUGAAGAAGAAGAUAGAGGCUCAAGAUAAUUUGAUAGUUGAUUUGAAAAGAACAAUUGAGAUGUUGUGUAAUCACAUUGGUAUGCCUCCUCUACAUGGAACACAAAAUGCAAGUAACAAUCAACCAGAGGAAUGUGAAGGCACAAGUGAUGGAGAUGGAGAUGGUGGUGAAGAUCCUAGACUUUUAUAAAUAUUUGUGCUUUAAUUGCUACUUUAUUUUGCUUGUCUAACUUUGGGUAUUUUUUUUGUAUUGUUAAUUGUUGUUGAUGUUUACAUUCUUAUGUAGUAGUAUUGUUG